AUGCCGCCAACGUUUGUACCACUGUCCACAGAAUUGAUACCAGGUCUGGACUGGAGGCCGUUAUGUUUCGAGCAUCCCCUUCCCCUCGACAGGCUGUGCCAUGUUUGUGGAGUGCUGUGCAAGGAAACGGUCGUGCUGCCUUGUUCCCACACCCCUUGCGACGUCUGCUUCGAGGGCAGCCUUGACCUGGGUUGCGUAUGUCCACUGGACCGAGAGAACUUCGACAAAAAUGCGGUGGACAAGCUGAAGUUACCACCGGGACAGUUGCUGAAACUGAGCGUGUCUUGCUGGAAUUCUGCACACGGCUGCAACUUCAUCGGGCCCGUCUCCGAACUCUUGGAUCACUUCGAUAAAGAAUGCCUUUACCACAGGGCUUCUUGCCCUAGGUGUCAUCAGGACGUGCCACGGCUGGGCGUUGUGCAGCACUGCGUCCAAUGCUACGACCCUAAACAAGGCGCGGAAGCUCCGUUGCAAAGUCCGACACUGCAGGGAGUACAGUUACGUGAAGACUUGGAGAAGGCCAGUGCGGAAAUUAAGCAGUCUAUUGCUGAACUUAAGGACGGCUACUACGUGCUGCAAGCCAGUGUCAACACCGUCGCGAAUAAAGUCAAUCUGGGACAUUCAGUAGCAAGUCGAGCAGUUACUGAAUCCGCGUCCGGCCUCCUGCAACAGCUUCAGAAGACGCACCCAGAUAUGACCAAACUGGGAAGAGAGUUACGUGGAACUUUUGAGAACACCACAGCCGAUAUCAAGCAGUCCAUCUCUGAACUCAAAGAUGGCUACUGUAGGCUGCACGAUAGUGUAAACGCAGUCGCGGAUAAGCUUGGGCAUUCAGUAGAAGAUCAAGAAAUUGUUGAAACCAUGUCGAGCCUCCUCGCGCAGCUCCAGAAGAUUCAGCCAGAUGCCAUCCAUCGGGAAGGACAAUUACUUGAAGACUUGAGGAGGUCUUGUGCUGAGAUCAAGCAGUCCAUUGCUGAUCUCAAAAACGACUUCUCCAGGCCGCAGACCAGUAUCGGCGCAUUCAAGGAUGACGUGAAACUCGAGCACUCGGAAAAAAGGUUGUCUACAAAGCAGGCAGUAAUGCAUUUUGUGAAAAUGUCGAGGGACAUGCAAGAGGAUGCUGUGCAUGUAGCCAUCCAGGCCCUGGAGAAGUGCCAACGUGGAAAGGACAUUGCGUUCUACAUCCAGAAUAAGUUCAGCGAGAAGUAUGAUGCGUUCUGGCAGUGCAUCGUGGGGACCAACUUCGACUCGUAUGUGCAUUAUAGAAUAAGGUGUCAUAUCGACUUCCAGCUAGGCCAUAUGAGAAUCCUGCUCUUCAAGGCUAUAUCUACCAGUCACUGCGUGCCUUCUUUGUAUGAAAAUCGGCGUCGUGAUCAGUACCUUGAUUCAUCCUAG